AUGAGAACCAUUGUUCUUUUAUUUUUGUUCUUCAUUAUCAAUUAUGCUCAAGAUUAACUUCAAUAAGAAGAAGCUAUUUAAAUUGUUAAAGAUCUGAAAGAUGCAACCACUAAAAGGUUAGAGCUAUUAGAAAAUACAUGGAAAAAGUAUUCAACUAAAAAAAAUGAUUAAAUUUGUGCCUUCACUGAUAUGGUUUCUGAAUAAGAGACUCAAUGUUAAUCCAGAAAUAGCUAGAACUAAUUUAUAUCUGAAUCCAUUACUUAAUCAACUUAAACAAUCGAAACCAAUAAAUUAAAGAUUGAUAAAAAUCUUCAAAGGCGUAAAACCCUACAAGAGUUAAAGUAAUAUUCAUCUUAUCUUAGAUGUAAAUCAAAUGUGAAUAAUAUUAAAUUACUUAAAGAUUAAAAGGAAGCCAAAACUUUGUCUAUACAGUUGUAAAAGUCAUUUGCAGUAUUCUAUUAUUAUUAAAUAGUAAAGUAGUGGUGGUAGUCUUUUAGAAAUGUUGUAAAGUAAUAGCUUAUAUGAAUAAUUGAAUUUAGAAGUCACAGAAUAAGAAGCACAAGUCAUUAAAUUAAUCUGUAAUUUUUAUUCAUAAUUUCAUAGAGGAGGCAUAUUCAGAUCAAAGUGAAGCAAAUACAAUAGAAUCAUCAGAAUUUAAUUCACAACUGCAGAUUUAGCAAAAUUCAAAAGUAUAGCCAUAUUCAUCCUAAAAAUCAAUGGAAAAAAAUCGUUACUUGAUUAUUACUACAUCAUAAGAAAUUGCUGAAAAAAUUGAUAAUGAUUAAUAAAGUAUUACAAUGAAUUCCAUCAAUUCUGUUAAUAAAAUUGAUUAACUAUGUACACAAUUACAGAAAGAAAAUGAGAUACUAAAGAAACUAAUUGAUAUUGAAGGAGAAAGAAAAGUAAAUAGUCUUUAUAUUUGAAGAUUGAUUUAGAUGAUUAAUUAAUUAUUCUUAAUGGAGAAAACUAAGAAUGUGAUAACAGUAGAAGAAAAAUGGAGAUUAUUGCUUUACUGUUGCAAUAAGAUUAUGAUAGAGAAUAGAUCAUUUACAUGAAGGAGAAAGAAGCCAUACUUAAAGAGUUAGAUAUCUAUACAGAUUUAUUAAGAUAUUAUUUAAGAUAAAUCUAUAAAUCGGAAAAUUGACG